AUGACAGCCCCUGCCAACAAGAAGAUCUGGACGGAAGGGCUUUUGUCCUCUUUUUCGAUGAUUCUUGUGAGUGAGAUAGGUGACAAGACGUUUUUUAUCGCGUGUUUGAUGGCAAUGCGUCACCCCAAAAUUCUGGUUUUUGUCGGCGCUCUUGGCGCACUAGCCAGCAUGACAGUUAUUUCUGCACUCAUGGGGGUGGUGGUUCCCAAUGUUCUGUCAGUGCGGGUCACAAAGGCGUUAGCGGUUGUCCUUUUUUUUGCGUUUGGGGGCAAAGCUUUGUACGAUGAGUUUGCCAAGCGAGGGGAAGGCAAUGCGGAGAGCGGAGAUGAGAUGACCGAGGCUGCUGCUAUCAUUCGCAGAAAGGACCCGAACACUUACAUUGAAACAGGCGACAGUGGCUCAAAUCCUGGGACACAUUUUCGGCGUUGGUACGCGUUGCCCCCUGUGUUGGUAGAAGCGUUUGCACUCACGUUUGUCGCCGAGUGGGGCGAUCGUAGUCAACUUGCUACCAUUGCCCUUGCAGCGUCGAAGAACGCGUUUGCUGUAACUAGUGGGGGAAUCUUGGGACACGCCGUGUGUACCGGUGUGGCUGUGCUUUGUGGAAAUAUGACUGCCAGGUAUGUUUCCAUGCGAACAGUAAAUAUUGUGGGCGGGCUGCUAUUCAUCUUCUUUGCCUUUGUAACGCUGUACGAACUGCUUGCCCAGACGCGUUAUAUGGAGGAUUUGAUGCAGCAUAAAACUGCUUAA